AUGUCUAGUGAGUUGUGUCCCGUGUAUGCGCCAUUUUUUGGUGCGAUGGGCUGUGCAGCAGCCAUUGUAUUCACCUCGCUUGGUGCAGCGUACGGUACUGCGAAGUCUGGGGUCGGCAUCUGUGUCACCUGUGUGCUGAGACCGGACCUGCUGUUCAAGAACAUUGUCCCUGUGAUUAUGGCCGGUAUUAUUGCCAUCUACGGGCUGGUCGUAUCCGUGCUGGUGUGCUACUCUUUGGGUCAGAAACAAGCAUUGUACACCGGGUUCAUCCAGCUCGGCGCAGGGCUGUCCGUCGGGCUGAGCGGGCUUGCCGCUGGGUUCGCCAUUGGGAUCGUCGGAGAUGCGGGUGUCAGAGGUACCUCCCAACAACCAAGACUCUUUGUUGGUAUGAUUCUUAUCCUGAUUUUCGCAGAAGUGCUGGGUCUGUACGGGCUGAUCGUCGCUCUGUUGUUGAACUCGAGAGCCACCCAAGACGUUGUUUGUUAG